GAUGGGCUGACCAGAUUGACGAAUCUAUGACGGAUUUAAAAAUCCUGUUGAUUUUUGUUCUAUGAUUUAUCAUUCACACAUAUUUUAUCCACCCGCGCCUAACCAUGUUUAUCACACCACCGAUCGUUUGGAGAUAAACAAACGAAACGGAUACGUUCCCAACUUUGACGGCUCGCCCAUAUCAACAACAAUAUUAUAUAUAUUUUUAUUUUAUUCAACUUACUUAUAAGUUAUAACAAAUAAUAAUAAUAAUUGUAUAUUGUAUUAAAUAUAUUCCAAACGCAAUUAAUGCUUUGUUUACUAUGCCAGUAUCGUAAUAUAAAUUAAUAAUUGUAAGAAUUUAGUUAAUUUUUACACGUAUUGAAAUAAAUCAGUUACCAAUACAUAUUUGAGCUGUGAAUGUUAUGAUGGGUGAUGUGACUGCUGAAAGUCCUCCUGCUGAUGAUUUAAAUAACUCUGGUUCUUCUUCUUCUUCAUCAUCCGACUCUGAUGGUGAAUCAAGUAGUUCAUGUACUAGUUCUAGUUCUUCUUCUCGCCCUGAAACACCUAACAACCAGUGUAAAGAUUCUAGUUUACCUAAUUGUGAUGAAGAUACUCCUCAGUCAAAUGGUGAAUCUGAAUGGAUGGUUUGUCAGCUUUGCCUAUAUAAAGUGAAAACACCUUUACAAUUAAAACAACAUAUGCGAAUGCACACUGAGCAUAAGGUACAUCGUUGUGCCAUAUGUAAUAAAACAUUUGAACAAGCCACUCGAYUAGAAAAACACAUAGCCAUUCACUGUGGUACUGAUAGUCGUUUUGAAUGUUCACUUUGUGGCAAAGUAUAUAAACUUCGAACUCAAAUUGUUAGCCACAUAGCAGCUCAUAAAAAACAAAAUGCUGGACGUCGUAUAUCAUACACAUGUCACAUUUGCACAAAAAAAUUUUCAAAUAAGUCAAAACUAAAGGAACAUGUAUCAGGACAUGAAAACGGAACUCUGCAUUCAUGUGAUGUUUGUGGGCGAACUUUUAAAUUAAAUUCAUAUCUUGUUGUCCACAAAAGAACACAUGAAAUGAAUGUGUCUUAUACAGGGGAUAAACCAUUCACCUGUUCAAUGUGUAACAAGUCUUUUUUGAGCAAAAGUAACCUAGACCUACACAUGUUGGUGCACAACUAUGUUAAAAAAGCAUCAUAUAGUUGUGACAUAUGUGGAAAAAUAUUUAUGCGCAAAUAUAAUUAUGAUGCUCAUGUGAAAAUACAUCAAUAGUUUGUAAGAUUUUACCAUUUCAACUAACAGUUAUUAUUGCCACACAAUUCUCCAUAUGCACUAAAACCGUUAUAAUUUUAACGUAUUGUGAAUUUUUUUUUUGGAAACUAAAGUGCAUUGUUUUUUUUAAGUAUAUUAAGUAUGUAUUUAAUAAUGACUUCUUGAACUAAUGUUUUGGUAAAUUUACUAACAUUUCAAUAAUUAUUAUCUCAACAUUUUCCUUUAUUAUAUUUUUAUACAUAAUAUUGGAUAUAGAAUCUGUUUAUAAAACAUUUUUCUAUUAAUUGGAGAAGAUAAUUUAUCAAGCUAAAACCACCUCUUAAUUCUUGUUGUAACCAUAAAAUAUUUAUAACUAUUCUUUUAAUAUUUAUUAUUGAUUUUCGAUUCUUCACGCCUUUUUAUUURUACAAAAAAAAAAUUAUAUUGUACUACAAAUGAAUGACUCAAAAAUAAUGUAUAAAUCCUGUUUGUAUCUAAGUAACUCAAGAAAUUAAGUUCCAAUUUAUUAAUUUAAGUUAAUUUAUAUUAUGUAUAUAGUGAAAACAUAAAUCGUACAAAACCAUAGUUUAUUUUAUUGUUUAUUAUUUAUUUUAUUUUAAUGUGUAUUAUAAAUAUUAUUUAAGUGUAUUUUAUGUUUAAUUCAGAGACUAAAGUUUUGUUCUUGAGUAUAACCAGAUUUUAAACAAUUAGUAUUGAUAAGAAUUAUAUUAGACAGAUAAUUGUUUGUAAUUAUAUAAGCUUCUAGACGAAUAAUGUAAUGAUUUUAAUAUAUCUUGUAUUUCUUUUUUAUUGUAACAUAUU